AUGGGUUCCGAUACAAAAUCGGAUGAUGAUAAACUAUCAAAAGAUGAUAUUUGGAGAAAUGACAAUUCUUGCAUGGUAAGUUUCCUUAUUCCCAAUACCCAGAAAAUCUCAAUUAUAUGUUUUUUUCCAGCUCUGCGGUGAUUUUUGUGAGACUCAAGCACUCAAAGAUUCUCAUUAUUUGAAAGCAAAACAUAUUCGAAAAAUGCGAUUGUAUGAUUUCUACACAAAUGAGAUUUCGAAAUUUCCACAUGGCAACGAAUCUCUUCUUCAAAAUCGCUAUUUAUUGAGAAAAAUGCGAGUUUUGGGUCUUGAAUGUGUUCACGAAAUCACAACACUUUUCAAUCCAUCUGCAAUAUGGGCAUGUUCGAUUUGUUUUGUUGCUGGCGGACAUUAUGAUGCGGCUGAUGCUCAUUUGAUGUCUCUUGGUCAUAUUAAAACAUAUAUUGUGAGUUUUUCUUUGGAAAUUCUCUUUUUAAUUCAUCACUAUGUUGUUUUUCAGGACGAGUUUCAUCCAGAUGAAAUGAAAAAUUUGACAUACGACAAGCAUGAUCUGUGUGAGCAAUUCGAAUUGUUUUCCCAACUCGCUGAUCGUAUUUUCGCUGAAAAUGGUGGUUUGCAAAAACCGGAAGUUUUGAAAAUGAAUAUUAGUGAAGCGGAUGCAAAAAAGAAAUUUGUAUUGACUGAUAUUGGUGAUACAAUGACUAAUCAUAUUUGCCAAAAAGAUGCGAAAAAAGUUAUUCUUCAUUGUAAGACUUGUAAUCAAUUGAUUCCUACACAUAAAUCGACGAAAUAUACAAUUGAAAAAGCUAAAUUAGCUCAUUUGGAUAAUGCGAUUCAUCAGAAAUGUGCAUUGAUUUCGGGAUGCAUUGAAGAAUGUGAGUUUUGUUUCGGAAUUCAUCAAAAACAUCUAUAUUUCAGUUGAUAUUGAAGAAAUAUUUGAUGGAGAUACAACUGAACCUGUGAAUAAUUCGCUUGAAUGGUUUGUUCGUGAAGAACACGGCGGUUUAACAUAUCUCAAUUCGCCGUGUGGUUUGAGAAAUUGUAUCACAACUGAAGACGAGAAAUAUUGUGGAAUAUGUUUUUGUUUCGUUGAAAAUGAGGAGCAUUUCUCAUCGGAAUAUCACGUGAUGAACUUUCUCAAUGCUCGUUUUCCUUUCGAUAAUUAUUUGAUUCGACAAUUACCAAGAGAUGAACGUCAAAAACGAUCAUUGCAAUUAUUGUCGAAAACAUUUUUGGAGAAUGAAAGUAGAAGAAAAGCACCGUUAAAACGGUUUCCAUCUACUAUUCAGGUAUAAUAAUAAUUAAAUUCUUAAUUUUCAAUAAUCGCAUUUUUUUGCGCGAGCGCCUUAUUUGUUUUCAUUUUUUCGCAGAAGCAGAAUCUUUUACAUUUUUAAUUUAUUGUUAUUUUUAUAUACCUUUCCUUUUUCCUGAUCCCAUACCCCCAAAAACAUUUUCAGACUUUGAUUUCUGCGGAUUUCCGAGUUUUCGAAGAUGUUCAACCUGAAAUAAUGGAUGAGUAUGGGCAUAUCACAUUUUUUUGCCCAGUGAGUUUCAAAACAUUUUCAUUGUUCUUAUUAUUUUUUGUAUUAUUUUUAGCUCUGUUUGAAUAUUUCAUCAUUGCCAAAAUCAGAUGAUCCAAAUAUGGAACAACAAAUGAAAGCACAUUGGUUGAAACAUUUGACUGAAGCACAACAUUAUGAAUGUAUAACAAGAAGGGCUAGUUAUACUUUUGGUAAGUUUAGUUUAGUUUGAAUUUCGUGAGAAUGUGAAUUCAAUUGCGCAGAUGAACGAUAUUUUGUGCCAUAUCCACCUUCUAUUAAACAAAUGGCAUAUAUGGAUAAAGGAAAAUGGACGACAGUCAAGGUAAAGCAAUAUUUUCAUUAUUAUUUUUUUAAAUCUUGUUUAAUUUCACUUCGUCUAAUAUAAUUCUAAUUUCUGUUUUGUUUUCAGGAUACCGAAAUGCUCAUUCAAACACAAUGUGAUGUUGGAUUAGAAUAUAUGGUUGAAGAUGAGGAUAAUGAUGAAGUAGUUUGUACAAUGUGCGCAAGAGUUUAUCCAAGAAAUAAUCCGGAUGUUAUCAAUUAUCAUAUUCGAUCAAUUCAACAUUUGAAACAAUAUUUGGUGAGUGUUCAGGGUUUUCUUUAGUGGUUUUCUCUUUUUUUUUCUUGAUAAUUCAUUAUACUUUGUUUUCUAGUACAUAACAAAUCGCACAAUGAUUGGCCUAAUAUUGAGUCAAAGAGUUGAGUCGGUAGCUGAAGAACUUUUGUUGGAGUGGUUGCAAAGAUCAUCGUUACAAUUUGAUAUCAAAAUGAAGGUAAUUUAAAAUUUGCAUACAUACAUCCACUCGUAGCCAAAUUUGUUGUGUUUUUCAAACUAUGUUUUAGUAGUGAAAGAAAAAUGCAAAUUUUGAGAGACGCAGACGAGAGAAACGCAGGCGAAAAAAAUGCAUUUUUUCUUCACUGUGGACUUCUCAGAUUUGGAUUCAGGCUUCAGGACUGUGCAUAAUUGGAGUUAUUCGUUUUAAUUCGAUCUGCCUCAAAAUUAGUGCGUGUAAAAUACAACCUGUUGUUUUUUUUAAUUUCCACUUUUUUCGAUGUUCCCUUUUUUCUAAAAGACCGCAGUGAAAAAAAUGUGCUUUUUCGCCUGUGGAGAAAUAGUGUGUGUUUGACAUCAACCUUUUGGUCAUUAAUUUAAAGGAGUGUGUUGUUUGCGUCUCUAGGUUUUCAUUUUUUGUUAGAAAAAUCUCUGGAUGUUUGUAAAAAAUAUAAUUUUUGAUUUUGAUAGGUUUAUUCGAAAAAGAAGACACUGGAACUUGAUAGUUGGAAAUCGAUUAAUAUAAGAACGGUAAAUUAAUCAUUUUGGAAGAAAAAACUUUGUUUGUUUUCGCAGGUUGACAGUUCACUCAACUCUCGAAAUGAAACACGCGAUUCUUAUGAUGCACUUGUUAGUGUUGUUGAUAAGGUUUCUUGUGAUGGACGCGAGUUGGUGAUGUUAGGUGCUCGAGAAGCAUUGUUAGCGGCUAAUAUUCGGAUUAUUCAUACUUAUGUAGAUAAUAAAAAAGUAACAGCUGUAAUGUGCAGAUGUAUGGUAGGUUUGAGAAAACAUUGUAUUUUUUUGGUAUUAUUUGUUUUUUUUUUUCUUCAAGAAUUGUGAACUAGCAUUUUCUGCAAAUGUUGAAGAUUGGGACGAUGAUGUGUUUAUAAGACAUAUGAGAGAUGAUCAACACUAUAAUCGAAUGAGAUCACUUCAUGAAAAUCGAUUUGGUAUGGAUUCACCAACAGCUUUUUUAUUUUGUUAUUUUUUCUAAUUUUACAGAUUCGUACGGAAUUAGCGAAGAGAAAUCAAAUUAUACAGUCAAAGCGUUCCCACAAAAAGAUCCAGCCAAGGUUUUAACAUAAAAUAAUAUUCUGUAGAUUGUGACAUCAGCAAUUUUUUUCAGAAAGUUAGUUGGCAUUGGAAUGCGCAGAGCAAACUUCACGAAUAUGUUCUCAGUGUUGUUGGUUUGGAAGAAAUUGUCGAAAGACGAUCGAAAGAGCGAGAAAAUAUGGUUCCGGAUUUUUUCUGCGUUCUUUGUGCUACAACUUUUCCGAAACGUGCAGCGAAUUUAGAAACUCAUGUUAGAAGUUUUUCUCAUGCUUUGAACUUUUUGGUAAGAAGUUGUUGAAAAGUGUUAUUCAAUGUUGAAUAUUGAAAAAUUCUAGCACAAAUAUCGAGCAGUUUCUAUUCGAGACAUUGAAGAAUUGAACAAGAAGUACGAUGAUCGCGGAAAAGAAGUUCGAAAAUAUGUUUCAAAUCUAUUGAAAGAUAUUGUUCCAGCCCAAAUGUAUUGUAUACGUGUAUAUGAUCCAUUGGGUGAAGCGGAAAGAAAAAGUAUUGUUGCACAACAAAGAGCAAAAGAAGAGGAAAGACAGGCGGAAACGCUGAGAAUAAGAGAAAGAGCAGCCGAAGGUAACACCAAUUUCUUCUGUACACACAUUUGGGUAGUGAAUUUAAAUACACAUCAGUCGGUUUCAUUAUCAAUGUUAAGGUUGACUGUGUAAUUUUGAUUUUUUUUUCAUUUUUGAAAAAUUCAUUUUUAGUUCUGAAAAACAAAAUUUUCGGUUUAUUGCAACACCGAAAGUUGUUUUCAAUCCUUAUGGAUACAUCUGAAGCUGGCUGCGCAAUAUUAAUCAAACUACACAACUUUUUCCAAAAUUAGUUUUGAAAAACACACAUUGAAAACUUUGAAUAUCACAGAGCGCCAACAAAGAAUGGAAGAACAGCGUCUUCAUCGUGAACGCGAAGUAGAAAGAAUUAGAAAACAGACACAAGAACGAGAGAAAAAAGAGGCGGAGACUCGACGAAUCAAGAAAGUUGUGGAAGAAGAAAGAGCUAGACGAAUUGCUAUUGCUCUUGAAGCAGCACAAAAGGUUUGAUUACAAAACCUUGUGAAAAAAAAACAAAAAAUACGAUUUUGUUUAGGAUGUUGAAGCGAAACAAAGAAUGCAACAAGAAGUUGAGCGAGACAAAGAAAAGGUUUUGUUGAUGAAAGCUCGUGAACUUGAGAAAAGACGUUUGGAAGCGGAAAAAGUGGCACUUGAAGAAAGAGCUAGAUUGGUUGGAAAUCCACGUUUGUAUAUUCCACAUGUUGUUGCACCAAUGACUGCACCUUUAAAUAUGCAACAACAGCAACAACAAAUGCAACCACCUUGGAUGAAUCAAAAUGGGGUACACCUUUUCAAAAAAAAAAAUACGUGGAUUAUUCAAAAAUUCCUUCUUUUCAGAUGGUUCCUGGAAUGCAUCCACCAACAGUUCCAGUUCCAAAUUUCAGUCUUCCUCCUCCAAAUUUCAAUCAAAUGCAAUUUCCGCCGAAAAUUGAAACACCAGAACUUCCAGGAAUUGUGAAGAGGUUUUCGAACUUUUUUUUUGAAAAUAAAUAGCAUUAGAUGUUUUUAGGCCUUCGCUGCGAGGAAAAGUGCCAGAUCCAAUGUUGAUGAACAUCAAAGUGAUCGCUUCAAAACAAGAUUUGAUAAAUUACAGUAAGUUUGCUGAUGGUAAUAAAAUACUUGGAAAUUUCGAGAAUUACUAAUCCAUUCUAAAUUUCACGUCAUUCAAACUCUGUAAAUCUGAGAAUUAACCAUGAUUCAAAAUUGAAGAUUAUAGCUUUUGAAAAUCCACCAAACUUCUUUCUUGAGAUGUUUUUUUUUUAUAUUUUCAAAAAUUCAAAGAACUCAUAUCCCUCUUCAUUUUUCUUUCAAUUUAUAAUCACAUAUUUUUUCAGUUAUCAAAAAAGGAGCCGAACGUAUUCCAAGAACCGAAAUGCCAAUCGAAUAUACAAAUUCACUAAACGAAUUAGCUGGUUCACUUGGAACUGAUACAAUUUAUGAAGUUGUUUGUCUUGAUGAUUCUGAACUUGACAGUUAUUUCUGUACACUUUGUGCUGAAUGGACUUCUCCAAGAGAAAUGGCUAAACAUAUUGUAAAUGAUAGCCAUCGAUUAGCUUAUUUGGUUUGUUUAUAGUUUUGUGUUUGAAAUUUAAAUAAUUUAUCGAAUUUUGAUUUCAGUACAAGAAUUAUUUGGUUUAUCAUAAAACUGUGAUGGCGGAAAAAGACAAGGCUAUACGCAAACUUGUUUUGAAUAAUUUCUGUAAAGAAAUACAAAAGGUAUCUUGUUUUUUCUUCCAAACAUAAUUUAAUUUUUGAUAAUUUUCAGAAAGAACAACCUCCUCCAAAAAUCGAACAUCGAAUAAUGACAUUUUUGAACAAAGCAACAAUUAUUCGACUUUGGCCAGGAUAUGAAACAUAUUUCUAUGAACAGAAAUUUACGCAAUCUGGAUUUCAAGAAAUUCAAUGUAAAAGCUUUUUCUAUCUGCGUGUGCGAAAUUAUUUUUAUUCGAUUCCCCCAAAAAAUUCCCUAAUUAUUUUCAAAUCAAAAUUUGUUUUUUUUCAGAUGAUCCGGUGCCAGUUCCAGUUCCAGUGCCCAAAAAUGCGAUAAUUCUUGAUGAUGAAAAUGAAGUGCCACAAGAUAAAGAUGAUCGAAAAGAGAGAGCUGCGAAUAACAGAGAAAAAGAGCGAGAAAGGGAAAGAGAAAGAGAUCGAGACAGAGAUCGACGUCGUCGUUCUCGAACUCGCUCUCGAAGUCGUGAUAGAGAUCGAGAUUAUCGUCGACGAAGUAGAUCAAGAAGUCGAGAUAGAUAUCGAAGAAGAUCGAGAACUCGAAGUCGAUCGAGAAGUCGUGAAAGAACAUCGAGAAGACGAGAAAAUAGUGAUGCGAAUAAAUGGGCGAAUGGCACUGAUAAUUUCUUGGCCAAAUUGGGGGAUAAAAAAGGUGGUGGGAGGUAUGUCAAUUUUGUGAAAUUUGCUCAUAAAAAUGAAAAAAGUCACGUGGAUUUUUGGUGCGAAUUUGAAAUUUCAAAAAAAAAACAUUUUGAAUUAAUAUUUGAAAAAAAAUUAUUCUGAAUUUCAGAAAAAUUUAUUGUGGUUUUUUGACGCGAAAACUCAAAUUUCAAAAAAAAUAUUACAUUCUGAUUUUUUUUUAAUUUCGAAAAAUAAAAAUCGCAAAAUGUUUCAAUUUGAAUUCAAUUCCCACAGAUAUCUUGAUUAUAAAUUUGCAGACCCAAAACUCCACCAAACUCCGAUUUGAAAUCUCGCUUCGAAACUUUGAGCAAAUUUGCUGGAGCAAUUGGAAAAGAGGAUGAUAUUGAAAGAAGUCGAAAAGAAGCUGAACUUCGACGACAAAAAAAUGAGAAAGACUCGGCGCCGAUAAAACCAUCGAAUACAACAACAACUUCAAGUUUGGAAGAUGAAAAAGCGAAACAACGCAAAAUGUUGGGAGUUAUCAUAACUAUGCAACAACAAUCCGAAUUACGCGGCGGAAAUAUUGAUCGAAGAGAGGUAAACAAAGAGAGAAAUAUUUUUAAUUUUAAUGUCGAAUUUUCAGAUCGAAUCACUUUAUAAUGAAAUGGGUUUGAAUAUUAGAGAAGGUGAUAAAUUGUUAUCUCAAAUGUUGAAUGAUAUGCAAGGAACUUCGGUGAGUUAUUGAUUUUGAAUUCAAAAAAUGCAAAUUGUUUUUUAUCCAAAAAUUUCCAGGCAACAUCAGCUCCUUCAAUUAAUCUUGCCUCGUUCGGAAUCAUGGCGCCAAACUCCUCCCAGCCAACUUUUAAUCAACCACCUCCACAAAUGCAAUCUUAUCAACAACAACAACAGCCACAAUCUGCUUACGGUGCCUUUACGCAGCAAAUUCAGCAACCAGCUCCAUCGGCUUAUCAACAAUCAGCUGGGAGAUUAGCUAAUUUGCAACGAAUGGUGACUGGUAAUGUAAAUAAUGGAAACUCGAGUUCUAGCCUAAAUCUUCCAACUGUUCAACAUUCCUCAUAUUUUGAGAAAAAUGCCGAGGAGAUUUACAAAGAUUCGGUUUCAUAUGUAUAUCCGACAAAAGAUGAUGUUGAACCUGCAAAUAAGAAGACGAAACAAGCGGAAAGCGAAGAAGAUUCAGAGGAUGAAGAAUAUGCUGAAAUUAUGAAUGUGAUUGGGAAAAAUCCAGAGAAGAAGAAUGAAUCUGGUGGAUCGACACCGAUUCAGAAAGAGGUUCCAAAGGCGAAAGAGCCGGUUGUGGUUGAGAAGAAGAAGAAAAAGGAAGAACCUGCUGCAACUUUGCCUGGACAACGAAUGGCGUUGGCGAGAACUGUUUUACCAAAUGGCCAGAAAAUUUCGAAUAAUGAAAAAUCAAAUGAAAAUACUGCUGAAUUGCCAUCAACUACAAUAAGUCAACCACCAAUUCCUGGUGUAUCUGGUGAAACACUGGCCUCAACAUCUUUGAAUUUACCUGGAAUUGCUGCACCAAUAUCUUCCCAACGGGUUGUUCAACAACAACAACAACAACCUCAAAUGAUUCCACAACAACAGCCAAUGAUGCAACAAAUGCCGCAAAAUCCACAACAAAUGUAUAUGCAGGCGCCACCACAACAAAAUCAAUUUAUGUAUGCUCAACAAAUGCCGCAAUAUGGAAUGCAGCAAGGUUAUCCAAUGGCUCCGCAGCAAAUGCAGCCACAGGUUGGUUUUUGGGGGAGGGUUUUUGGAAAAAAACAUUUUUUUUAAAGUAAAAUUCUCGAAUUCUCUCAGUUUUUGAAACUUGAUAAAAUUUAGAUUUCACAUAGUUUUAAUUAAAUUAAUUAAUUUUUUUAAAUUUAAGACCCUAAUUUGUUUUGUUUUUAAAGGAUAUGAUAUUAGGACGAAAUUCCGACGGUUUUGUGAAUUUCCAGACUUUUUGGGCAGAAUUUCGAGUUUUUUAAAUAUUAGGCUUUUUUCUGAAGAGAGCAAAAAUUUGGACCGUUGUUCUUGUAAAGAUUUCUAGACUGAACCCUUUCUAAAAAUCAGGAUUUCAAGCCAAAAAAUCCAAAUAUUCCCAAAACUUUCUAUUAAUUUCACAAUAUUUCCAGAUGUAUCAACCAAUGCCCCAACAAAUGUAUCAACAACAACCAAUGGGUCAAAUGAUGCCACCACAAUAUCAAAUGCAGCCACAACAACCCCAACAAAUCUAUAUGCAACCACCGCCGCAACAACAAAUGAUGCCACAAUAUGGAAUGCCGCCAAAUCAACAACAACCACAACAGCAAUAUCCAUAUUUUUGA